CGCAAAUCUGCAGCCCGAGAGCUCACACUUCCUGCAAAGUGCUCAACCCUAAGGCAGUGAGCGCAGGAGCUGGGAAGGCGAGCCCUGAGCCCUAAGCCGGAGCGGAGUCCAGCCGGGAGGCUGUUUGAUCGCUGCCCGUGACACCAUGGAUCUGCACGUCUUCGACUACUCGGAACCGGGGAACUUCUCCGACAUCAGCUGGCCGUGCAACAGCAGUGACUGCAUCGUCGUGGACACUGUGCAGUGCGCCAACAUGCCCAACAAGAACGUCCUGCUGUACACGCUCUCCUUCAUCUACAUCUUCAUCUUCGUGAUUGGCAUGAUCGCCAACUCCGUGGUGGUCUGGGUGAACAUCCAGGCCAAGACCACGGGCUACGACACGCACUGCUACAUCUUGAACCUGGCCAUCGCCGACCUGUGGGUGGUGGUCACCAUCCCGGUCUGGGUGGUCAGCCUCGUGCAGCAUAACCAGUGGCCCAUGGGCGAGCUCACGUGCAAGGUCACUCACCUCAUCUUCUCCAUCAACCUCUUUGGCAGCAUCUUCUUCCUUACGUGCAUGAGCGUGGACCGCUACCUCUCUGUCGCCUACUUCACCAACACCUCCAGCCGCAAGAAGAAGAUGACGCGUCGUGCCGUGUGUGUCCUGGCGUGGCUCCUGGCCUUCUGUGUGUCCCUGCCCGACACCUACUACCUGAAGACUGUCACGUCCGCUUCGAACAAUGAGACCUACUGCCGGUCCUUUUACCCCGAGCACAGCGUCAAGGAGUGGCUGAUCAGCAUGGAGCUGAUCUCUGUGGUCCUGGGCUUUGCCCUCCCUUUCUCCAUCAUUGCCGUCUUCUACUUCCUGCUCGCCCGAGCCAUCUCCUCCUCCAGCGACCAGGAAAAGCACAGCAGCCGGAAGAUCAUCUUCUCCUACGUGGUGGUCUUCCUCGUGUGCUGGCUCCCCUACCACGUCGUGGUACUGCUGGACAUCUUCUCCAUCCUCCACUACAUCCCCUUCACCUGCCAGCUGGAGAACUUCCUCUUCACGGCUCUGCACGUCACGCAGUGCCUGUCCCUGGUGCAUUGCUGCGUCAACCCCGUGCUCUACAGCUUCAUCAACCGCAACUACAGGUACGAGCUGAUGAAAGCCUUCAUCUUCAAGUACUCGGCCAAAACGGGUCUCACCAAGCUCAUCGAUGCCUCCCGAGUGUCGGAGACCGAGUACUCGGCUUUGGAGCAAAACACCAAGUGACGCGCUCUGCACAGCCUCCGGGAUGGGUGCUUGCUCCCAGCAGGGCACUGGGCUGCGUCAUUUUCCACAGUAAAGCAAAGUGGCUUCAGGCUUGAUGCCGCGGUUGCGUGAAAAGGGGAACGUGUGUCCCUGUGGCUCCUUUCUCUCUCUCUCUCGUGCCAAUGCGGCUGUCUGUCGCCUGGCCGUGUGUCCCGACGGAGUGGCACCCACCGUGCGGGGCUGUGCCGAGUGGUCCCCGCUGCUUGUCACACCAGCUGCGGGACAGCCUUGCCUGCACUUCUGUAAAAUAGGACUUUUCUGUGCUCCCUGAAGGUUUUAUAUGGUGGUUUGUAUUUAAAUCUUAAGACUUUAUUUUUCUCACCCUUGAUGUACCUUCUAAAUGUAUUUGAAAGUUUAAAUAUAUUUUAAAUAUUGUAUGGGAGGUAUAAUGCUGACAUAUAUUCAGUGUUGUAGUUUCGACAUUAGUUUGACUUCCGUUUUGACUAAGGAUGACAUUAAUGUUAGCUGUUUUGAAAGUAUAUAUAUAUAUAUACACACACACACACACGCAUACAUAUAAAUAUAUAUAUA